AUAUAUCGUCUUGUCUUUUAAAUGGCUUAUUUCUGUAGCUUUUUUGGUUAAAUCAGAAUCAGUAUUUCAAAUUAUUGGGAUAUGGCAAUACCAGACAAGAGUCUAGAUCCAGUUGAACGAAUUUACAGCAAGAUGUAAACAGAAAAUGGCUUCGUACGAAACCGGAUAUGACGAUGAGCGAUUCCAACAUCCAGUUGGUCAGAGCUUUCACUGUGGUAUUUGCUACAACGUCAUCAAAGACCCGGUCAUGUGUCGACAUAAUGAACACAUGUUCUGUAGAGGUUGCAUCACCAGACAUCUCAUGAACUCUCAGACAUGUCCCACAUGUAUUGAGCCACUUACUGUUGACACCCUGACUCGAGCAUCGCGGACCGUAACCAAUCUACUGUCGGAAUUAAAGAUUCACUGUGAAUUCUUCAAUCGUGGUUGUGAAAGAUUUGUGGAGUUAGGAGAGCUUGAAAGGCAUGUUGUGGACUGUGGGUUUGCCCCAGCAGUCUGCUCGAAUGAAGGCUGUGGUCAGGAAGUCGAUAAGCAAGAUUUAUUGCAUCAUGAAACGGCCGUGUGUGAAUUUCGCCGUGUGAAAUGUCACAGCUGCAAUGAACUUAGCCAAGAGAUGGAUAUAGUUAAGGAAAACUUGGCUGUGAUGAACCUCAAGUUGAAUGAAGUCAGUGAAACCUUGAAACAAAAUGAGAUGAAGUUGGAUAGAAAUGAGAAAAGUGUGCUGGCGAACGCUGAUAUGGUUCAAAAACAACUCAACAAGCAGGAAGAAAGCAAUCGUCGGCUAGAAGCGGACAAUGUAGAAAUGAAGAAAUGUUUAGAGAAAGUGGCACAACAAAUGGAAAGAUUGACCCAGCAGCGGGAAGAUCUAAAGAAAAGUAUCGCAGAAGCUGUUGAACCUGAAAGAGAGCCGAAGAUUAUCGUUGCCGGGGGAUAUAAUCGUAAGAGUUUAAAUUCUGUGGAAAUGUUCAGCCUCUCAAAUGCAAAGUGGUUACCACUACAACCAAUGAAACAGCCCCGUAACUUCGCAUCCUCUGUCGUUUACAACAAUCAAAUGCUUGUCAGUGGAGGUUUUAGCAAUGGUAAGGUAGUAAAGUCGACGGAGAAAUCAACGUUGAAAGAUGUCCAUGUAAACCAGUCCAUAUUUUGGGAAGAUGAUCCUGCAGUGUUACGCGGGCCCUUGUAUGGACACUCCAGUGUUGUGUAUAAUGGGCGGUUGAUAGUCAUUGGAGGUUAUGAUGGAACUGCAUUUACACCUGCUAACAUUACUGAGAUAUCUCUUGUUCCUCCUUAUACCAGUAAAGUGUUGGUUACCCUUUCAGAGAGUAGAUGGCUACAUGGGGCUGUCUUGUUUGGUAACACGAUCGUAAUUCUUGGGGGGAAAAAAGGUUGGGAUUCGUCGAAUCUGAAAAGCGUUUUGUCGUAUGAUAUUGUCAAGAAUGAAUGUCGUCAUUUAGCGCCACUGCCUUAUCCUGUGAAUCGGAUGGCCACUGUCAAGUGGGGUGAUGACAAAGUGAUUUUAAUCGGAGGCAGUGAGAAUGGCAAUAAGUUAUUGAACAAAGUACUCAUAUAUAACAUCAAAACUCAGAAGAGCCACAUGUUACCAGACAUGAAGUAUAAGAGGAGAGGAUGCGCUGCAGCAGUCGUUGGUGACACUGUGGUCGUCAUUGGGGGAUACGAUGAAAAUGGAAACUCUUUAAAGUCUGUCGAAAGUUUCAGGUUCGACUCCUUCACCUGGGAAGAACUUCCGGAAAUGCAAGAAGCAAGAUACGGAGCUACAACAGUUGUGUGUUAAUCAUGUCCUGUAUAUAUUUAACAUUUUAUAUCAUUUAAAUGUAUAGUGCCGAAUAUUGACUUUUGAUUUCCAAGAACAAUGAAACAGUUUAUAACAUUGAUCCAAUUUAUACUCCUGGGGCCGGUUGUAUGAAAGCCGGAUAGCGCUAUCCACCGGAUAGUGGUUUUUUCAAUCGCUUCAAAAUUGCCCGUUAUUUGCCACAACUUUGAUUAAGUCUCAGUAUUCCUAAAUCGAGGAUCCUCUUUAAUAAUUGUUGCUUUCAAGCUAAAAUUUUAUCCCUUUUCGAGCAUUUUUAGAACGGUUGAAAAAAUCACUAUCCGGUGGAUAGCGCUAUCCAGCUUUCAUACAACCGGCCCCAGCUGGUGAAGUAAAUGGAUCGAUUAAUAAUUUUCAGACAAAGUUACUAGUGGUGUUUGUAAUUGAUUAAAACUAGCGCAUUUUCGUUACAUGUAUGUAAAGGGUAGAACGAAAUUAAAGGCAUGAGCGUUCAGGUUAUCAAGAUUUGAUGUUCUGCAUGGAGCCGGUUUUACGAAGGUCGGAUA